AUAACAAGCAAUAAUAAUCACAUCACAACCAACGGUCCCCCUCACGGCCUCCUCCUUCUUCUUUCCCUCUGUGUCGAUGGGGCCCACGGCUCGGCGAUGAGCGCGGCCAGUAUUUGGGAGCAAUGGCACUGUCGGGGGACGGCGACAAAAGCAUCCGCCUUUUCUUCGCUGUCCGUGCAGUCCCGCCUCCUAUCCCCCCUUCGCCGGAGAUCCCAAUUUUUUUUUUCCACCCUUUCUGGUCGCUCCGUACCCUUUCUCUCUUAUUAUUCUACUAAUUUUUAUAAAUUUCCCUCCUCCGACCCGUCUUACCUUUGAUCCCUUCCUUCGCUCUCGCUUUAGUUUAUAAGGCGUGGAGGGGAAGUUUUUCCCGCGACAAUCGUUCGCCUCUUUCGUUGGAUUCGUUGGUGGGCGGUUCCAGUAGUGCUCACUUGCGUCUUUGAACAAGAUUCUUUCUUUCCUCGGCCUCCCCAGCUGUUGCUGUUGCUGUCGCCGCCUUUGGGGGCCUUGACUUCAGCUCCAAAGCAGGGCUUUUUUCCUUUCAGUUUGGUUGAUUGUUUUUUUUUUCUUUUUUUGACUUCCCGGCGUCGGAAAAAUCCGAUCUUUAGCGCCGGCCACGCAGCGCGUUUCCAGGCGGUGUCUACAGUGGCUCCUCCUUUCUUUUCGGUUCGCUUGUCGAAAUUAAAGCAAGUUUUGUUAAUCGGAUGUCUGCAGCUGCGGUUCUCUUCUUGGAUGCGUUGUUGUAGUUCGCGAGUCGUUGCUGGGUGUAAAAGGCGAGGUUUUUGAAGAUCUGAUAUUCUUGUGUUUGCUGUAAUUGUGGUUCUCGGGGAGAGAUCGAGAGUUUUUGGCAAGCUUCAAUCGGAAUUUUGACUGCUGAAAUAGUGCUGCUUAAUUUUGAUCGAAAGCUUCAGACUAAAUCAUACCCCAUCCAAUAUCAAGCUCGGCGAUUAGUCCUGCAAGCAUUGAAUGUUGGAGCAAGUUCCUACCGUUGCUCCAUCUGAAACGAUCCUUCGAUCAAGGUGAAGCCAUGAGACAGCUUAGAUUUUCUCCAUGGAUCGGGAUCGCAGCAUUUGUCGUUGGUGCGCUGGCUCUACGAGUUCUUUCUCAUUCUCUUCUCCGAGGAGGAAUUCCGGCCGCAGAUCAAGGGUUCAGACCUGUGGCCCUGUCGAGGGGUCCUGGCGAUCCUCCGGUGUUUGCUUAUUGGAUGUCAGGAACCGGCGGUGAAGGUGAGAAGAUUUUGAGGCUCUUGAAGGCAGUUUACCACCCAAGGAACAGCUACCUUCUGCACCUCGACGCUGAUUCCACAGCUGGUGAGAGGAGAAGACUGGCGCUGGCCAUCCAAUCUGAUAGAAUUUUCAAAGCUUUUGCAAAUGUUGAGGUUGUGGGAAAACCUCAUGCGGUCGAUCGGACGGGUUCAUCGGUACUUGCUGCUGCAGUCAAUGGAGCUGCAGUUCUGCUCAAGAUCAGCUCAGACUGGGAUUGGUUCAUCAACUUGAGUGCUUCAGAUUAUCCAGUUGUAACUCAAGAUGAUCUUCUUCAUGCUUUCACUUCUUUGCCAAGAGAUCUGAACUUCAUUGACCACACAAGUGACCUUGGAUGGAAAGAGUCUGAGAGAUUUGAUAAAAUUAUUGUAGACCCAAGUCUUCAUAUGGACAAAAAUACUGAAUCCUUCUUCGCUUCAGAGACACGAGCGACACCUGAUGCUUUUACAUUAUUCACAGGUUCCCCAUGGUUCAUUCUCAGCAGACCCUUUGUGGAGCACUGUGUGCAUAGCUGGGAUAACUUCCCUAGAAAACUUCUCAUGUACUUUGCCAAUGUGGCCUACUCAAUGGAAUCCUACUUCCAAACAGUGAUCUGCAACAGCCCUGAGUUCCGAAACACCACCGUCAACAGCGAUCUAAGGUACUUCCUUUGGGAUGAUCCACCAGGAUUGGAUCCUCGCUUUCUCAAUCAAUCACAAUACAAGGAGAUGAUAAAAAGUGGAGCGGCCUUUGCGAGGCGGUUCAUGGAAGAUGACAGUGUGCUCGAAAAGAUAGAUAAAAAGAUACUAAGGCGCUCGCCAAAUGGAGUGGGCGUCGGAAAGUGGUGCUUAGGGCGGCCCGGCGGUCGGAAAAGGAAGGAAUUGGAGGAGGAUCCAUGCUCGAGCUGGGGUGAUAUCAAUGUCGUCGUGCCUGGACCAUCAGGGAAGCGGCUCAGAAGUUUGGUGUCAGGGCUCAUUUCAGAUGAGAAGUUGCGUUCAAACCAGUGCAGGUUUGCAUGACGUGAUCGGGCCAUGGAUCGUGAUAGCCUUCGAAAUUAGGCCAUUUGGUAAUGACUCUGUCGUCGCUUAUUUAAUCAGUUGAUCAACAGGUGCAGUUGAACCAAAGGCCAUUGAGCCAGAGGGUGAGAUUUUUGGGUGGUUACAUUUUCCUUGGGUGAAUUCCUGAGCAUGAUUUGCAUGGGUAAGAGAAGUAACACAAUAGAGGCCUUCCAUUCAGGAGGAAGUAGGACUAGGUUCAUAAGCUGAUAAAGGGUGUGUCAAAAAAAAAAAAAACGGAAAUCCAAUUUUACAUUGUCUUCAUCUACUGAGAUUCCAAUUUCCGUUGUACCAAAUCAUACAUCUAUACGUGAGGUAUAAAGCAUCCUGUACUUUUGAGAUGAUCAAAUAUCUUGUUGGAUCUUUGGUCGUCGAGUUUCCAUUUUAA